AUGGGGUCCGAUGACACCGCUUUACGCGGAGAAUAUAUUCCGUUUCAGACUAUGAACGAUGAUGACAAUUCGGCCGAUUAUUCACAUAGAACGUCCCGCCCCUUAUCCCGAAGCCUGAAGCACCUGGUCCCGAUUGUUCUACUAUAUUGUUCGCUCCUCAUCUUCUCAUGGACCGUGACGUGCAUUCUUACCCACCGGCCUCUCCUCUAUCACCAUUCAACGCCGACAUGGGAAAGCGCGCGACAGCUGACCUGCGCGUCUCAAACGGUCCUGGGCGUCACCGACUCGGACGCAACAGCAACAUUUUCUUGCAGUCAAAGGGAAGUGACCAAGGUCACCCUCACCGCUGCGGUUAUUGCUGCUACACGCCGCUGGAGGUUGGCCGCUCGGGUCAUCAACUCCGUCAUGGCGGUCCUAACCAUCCCGUUCUCUUCGUUUAUUGCCGCCCGCGCCGCUAUAGUUUACGGCCAGGCUGCUGGGAAUAAACGGACAUUCAGUCUUCGGAAACUACUUGCGGUGGCUGAUCGAGGAUGGUGGAAUCCCUUCAUCCUUGCCCGACUGUUUUCUGCUGGGGGUCGGCGGCGGUUGGGCAGUCCGCUCCUGUACUAUGCAUUUCUUGUUUGCGCUUUAGGUAUGAGACAUGAUGAUAGUGGUCUAAAUUGGCCGUUACAGCAACUGCUCGUGUCUGAAGUCACCAUCUUGGUAGAGAGUUUACCAUCCAAGGUCACGCCGCUGGUUUCUGACGCCGACAUCACCGGCUUGUCUCAAGUGAAGUCAAUCGAGACGGUUGGGGAUACUAGGGCAUUGAUCCACUACGCUACUCAGUACGACUCUCAGCCUAAUAUCUGGCGGACACCUGACUCGAUCUCCGGAACUGCUACGCAUUUCAAUUCCCUCCGCGGCAACAGUUCAUUUGUCUCCAUCCCUGUCAAUUCCGCCACGACGGGAAUAAUCAGCAAUCAUGCCUUUCGAUUUAAUACGUCAGUUGCCUCAGAAGAAGUGUCAGAAGAGGCCUAUCCCGACAACUGCGGCGGACCAGGGUCUUUUUCUGCCUCAACGCUUGCCAAUUUGUCGGCUUUGGAUGCUUCCUACGGUGUCCCGAGCUCUGCCAACGGCAUGAUGGAGGUAAAGAUGUGCGCGCUGGGCGAUCUGCAGACUUUCCCGUGGAACCUCACCCGGAACCGCCAGGAUAUCGCGGAGGAAGCAUACAUUUACUUCAAUUCAGUGGCCAUGAGCUUCCUCACCAACGGAUCCCGGAUAGCCAGCUGGACACAGCGCAUUCGUGCGAAUACGACGGCGGGUUAUUUCAUGCUCCCCAAUUAUAUGAACAACUACCAGACAGGGCCCUUGUUAGAGACAUUCGAUCUUGCAACUAGUUUUGAUCCGGAGAAUGUCAUUGUGGAUCAGAAGGAGAGUACGGAUGUGCGAGCUUUGGAUAACUCACAUGUUCUGGGAUAUGGUUAUCCCGACCCCACCCCCGUCACUUCACCAGCUCUUGGCCCUUUGCUCACAGCCACCAAGGCCCUCUUUGGCCCGUCCACCUUCUUCGCCAAUCGCGCCAACUCAACACCUACUCUACCGAACAUCACUUCCUUGUCGUUAGACGAGUGUUCCGAGCCGAUUCCAUUUACAUACCUCUCCAACACCGACACCGAAGAUACUACCUCCUGGCGAUACGCGGCUCUUAAGCCCUGUGCCUCGGACACCAACUCCACCUUCUUCAACGACCUGGCCGCCUGGCUUGGUCAGCUCUUUGCGAACUAUGACGACCCUCAGACAACGUCUGUCUUCACCCAAGGAGCCUUCUUUGCCAACAAGGCCAAUCUGGGCCGCGCCUCCACUCAACAGGCUUACCGUCGGAUCCUCCUUAAGGAUGACGGAACCUCUGUCGAGAUUUUUGCGAUUCGACCAUGGGCGAUCGCAUUCCUUUCUACCGUCAUCGGCCUGCAUCUUGUCGGACUCGUGAUUUUGGCCUUCUAUGCGGGAUUGCACCCGACGUGGACGGAGUCCUAUGAUGCGUUUGCCAUGCUGAGGAUUGGGGCGCAGCUAGCAGAGCGGAAGGAUGUGCGAGCUCAAAUGCCGCUGCUGGGGAAUGCGCAGAUGGAAGAUACUGCCAUCUUGGACUGUACGAACGGAAUCAUUGGGGAGGAUAUCGGUGCAGUGGAGACUGAGAAUGUCGGCCGCCUGCCAUGCUCCACUGUGUGGAAUUCAUUCUCUCUCCCAAUAUGCAGCAUAUUCUCAACGACAGCUUUAGCCAACCACUAUGGGUGCGCUGAUCAACGAAGCCGCGUAUCAGUUUGUUCAUCCAUGCAGCAACCUGGACGUCAUCAUGUCCCUUGGCUCUCACCAGAACGGCCGGAGACAGGCAGUGAGUUGCUUCAUUCAUGCGCCACCACGCAUUGA